AUGGCCGAGACAUUUGACAGAGGAGUCAAACUUUCCAACAACCAUGCUAGGGACGACUAUAACCAUGCCACUGAUUCGCAGUACAAGAAUUUGCGUGCCAAGGCAGACGAAUAUUAUAAAAAGCGCAAUACUUUGAGUCAACAGUCUCAAGCUGCAUACAAGCUGGGCGACGGUGAAAAAGCUCAUGAGUUGAGCGUGCAGCUGAAAAAUGCCUUGAGUCAAGCCGAGCAUUACAGUCAGCAGGCUGCCGAGUAUGUGUUUAGAGAGAACAACACCGACUCCGCUGCCGAUGAGAUUGAUUUGCAUGGGCUUUACGUGAAGGAGGCCGAGUGGAUCUUGAAGAGACGUCUCGAACAAGCCGCUGCCACGAAUCAAAAUCACUUGAAGGUUAUUGUUGGCAAGGGGUUGCACUCGUCCAACGGCAUUGCCAAGUUGAAACCCUCUGUUGAUCAGCUUUGCAGUGAGGCUCAGUUGAAACAUUAUGUUGAUCCCAAGAACAGCGGAGUUAUUGUGAUUGAACUCGCAGGCGCCAACGGCUCUCACAUGUCGAAUCAAUGGGGCCAGGGAGGCAUCAUGCAUCCUCAACAAGCUUAUCCUUCGAGCUCAGGGCCACAUGUGGAGCAGCAACAACCACAUUACCAGCAACAGCCACAUUACCAGCAACAACAACCACAUUACCAACAACAGCAAGCUGGAUUUGCUGAAGGUCCCAAAACUGGCAUUCCAUGCGUUGACGUUCCUCUCAAGUUAUUGUUCAGUUGCAUUCGUUCUAGCUAG